AAAUUUACAGAAGCGAGAGAGAGCUUCUUGGUCUGGGAGGAAGGAGAGAGAGAGAGAGAGAGAGAGAAAGAAGUGGAGAGUAGACGCGGUGGUGUUCAUCUGUAAGAGCGAGGGAGAGCUAGGGUUCUUCUUCUUCUCUUUGGGAGUGCUGCCGAGCUGCGGAUGUGGGGGGAAGAACGCUGGCUGAACGAACGAGUUCAGGGAUCUGGCGGACGUCGCUUCACGAAUUCGUCAUUAACGCGGUCGCGAAGGUAGAUUGUAUUAUUGUCUGGACGUUGUUACAUUUCAAAAAUGCAGCCGUAUUUUGGACGACUUUCAUGGCCAUCUUGUAGGAAAAGGCUUUCCCUUGCCCAUUGAAGAUUGUGCCGUCAAGAGCCAGCCUUCGGCAAUAUAAAUUGGAAUACCUUGAGGCAAGAGGUGUUUGUUGCUGUUUAGCUAAGGAUAGCAAAAGGGCAUUUGAUGUUGCCAGCGAAGAGAGUAGACAUGUUGAUCAACAAGCCUCUUAUGCUUACCUAUCUUUACUUACUGAUAUACAUAUUGCUAUCGUCUGGAGUUAUUUUGUAUAACAAGUGGGUUCUAUCUCCAAAAUAUUUCAAUUUUCCAUUUCCCAUAACACUCACAAUGAUUCACAUGGCAUUUUCUGGUGCUAUCGCAUUCAUUCUUGUUCGUGUUCUCAAGGUCGUAUCACCUGUCAAUAUGACAUUUGAAAUCUAUGCAACAUGUGUAAUUCCUAUCAGUGCUUUCUUUGCAUCAAGCCUGUGGUUUGGUAACACUGCUUAUCUGCACAUUUCAGUGGCUUUCAUCCAGAUGCUUAAAGCCCUUAUGCCAGUUGCAACUUUCUUAAUGGCUGUUAUAUGUGGAACCGAUAAAUUGAGGUGUGAUGUGUUCUGGAAUAUGGUGCUUGUCAGUGUUGGAGUUGUUAUCUCUUCAUAUGGGGAGAUUCAUUUUAAUGUAGUUGGAACAGUGUACCAAGUGACUGGCAUAUUUGCAGAAGCUCUUAGGCUGGUGUUAACUCAAGUCCUUCUUCAAAAGAAGGGCUUGACAUUGAAUCCUAUCACUAGCUUGUACUAUAUAGCUCCCUGCAGCUUCAUGUUUUUGUUUGUGCCCUGGUAUUUCCUGGAGAAGCCUGGAAUGGAAGUUUCACAAAUUCAGUUCAACUUCUGGAUUUUUUUCUCAAAUGCAAUUUGUGCUUUGGCAUUGAACUUCUCAAUAUUUUUGGUGAUUGGAAGAACUGGUGCUGUAACCAUCCGUGUUGCUGGCGUUCUGAAGGACUGGAUAUUGAUUGCUCUCUCAACCGUUAUAUUUCCGGAGUCAACAAUUACUGGGCUAAACAUUAUUGGCUAUGCCAUCGCUCUGUGUGGUGUUGUGAUGUAUAAUUACUUGAAAGUCAAGGAUGUGCGUGCUUCUACUGCCGAAAUUCUUCCAGAAAGGGCAUCAAAGGAAUGGCGACUGGAUAAGAAGUCGUCUGAUCUAUAUCCAAAUAAUAGCAACGAUGGAGGCAAUCCCCUGCAACCAAGUGCUGAUAACGAUGAAGAAACACCUCUUAUGGCAUCCUCAAGGCUGUCCCACAUUGGCAGAAGCGUGCUGGGGACACAUGCAGCUUGAGCCCUCGCUGAACUGCUUAACUGUUCUCGUUUUGGUGCAAUCCCCUGCCUUACAUCAUGAUGGCUUAUCAUAUUCUUUUCAGGAGAAGUUUAGUUUCUACUCCAUUCGAAAAGAAAUGCCAUCCAUUUUUUCCCCCACUGGGGUCGAGGAAGGAGAGGCGAUGAUUCUUUUCUUUUGUGGGUUCUUCUCAGCCAAGGCUUCUUGAGGUAUAAAGCUGUCUCUCAAGUUAGCUCAAGGGCGAGGCAAGUUGCCAUCUUUGUUGCUCAAUGUUUCCUCUGAUGCUUGCAGAACCCAUGCAAGGCCUUAUACGAUUUAAAGAUUUCACUUGUUCUCCUC